CACCUGGCCACACCUCCGGGAUCACUCAACAGCUCCGUCUCCUCGCCGCUGAUUGGCCACCGGAACUGUAGCUCAGGAGAGGCACACAGGCGGCCAAUCACCGGCGAGGAGCUGGAACUUGGAGAGGAGGAGCCGAGCUGCAGCGCGCGUAGAUCAAAGAAGAUCGAGGGAGCUGCCGGAGCAAGUGAAGAGGAGAGCGGCCAGAGAAGGAAGACUGCUGACAGGUAAGUGAGAGAGCGAGCCCAGGCUGGAGCAGGGGUAAGUGAGAGAGCGAGCCCAGGCUGGAGCAGGGGUCAGCAAGGUAAGUAUCAUUGGUGUCAGUGGGAG